AUUUACAUAAAUCUAAGACUAUGCCAAUGGAGUUAUAAAAACAUCUGUAUCAAAUACAAUAUCAAAAAUUAUUUUAUUAAAAAAUAAAAUAAAAUUAUGAUUAUGCUGUCUUACAAUGAGAGUUGUCUCCUAGCCGUUGUGAAGAGCCUAGCAAUUCUAUAACUCCCUCCAAAUUCUCUCUCCUCCCUUCAUUUUUUUGUUCCUAAACAUAUUUUGUUUCCAGAGUUUUUUACGCGUUUUAUGAGUGUAGAGGCAAUGACCGUGACCGAAACAAUGUCUGGAUCUGUUGCACAGUCCCUAAAACCGGGACUUGAGAAACCUGACAUUGAUUUCUAUGAUGAUGAGAAGAGAACGAAGCUUGGUUCCUUCAAGAAGGCGGCUUUUAAUGUCUCAAGCAUGUUCAGAAACUCGCUGACAAAGAAAGGUAGAAGGAACAGCAGAGUCAUGUCAUUUGCUUUCGAAGAUGAACAUGAUGCAGAGGAAAUGAAGGCAGUAGAUGCAUUUCGUCAGGCCCUUAGUUUGGAAGAAUUGCUUCCUACAAAGCAUGAUGAUUAUCACAUGCUGCUUAGAUUCUUGAAGGCCAGGAAAUUUGAUAUCGAGAAGUCAAAGCAAAUGUGGUCUGACAUGAUCCAAUGGAGAAAGGAUUUUGGUGCUGACACAAUCAUGGAGGAUUUUGAGUUCAAGGAAGUUGAAGAGGUCAAGCAAUACUAUCCUCAAGGACACCAUGGAGUUGACAAGGAAGGCCGGCCAGUUUACAUUGAAAAGUUGGGUCAGGUUGAUCCGAAUAAGUUGAUGCAAGUCACCUCCAUGGACCGAUAUCUUAAGUAUCACGUCCAAGAGUUUGAGAGGACCUUUAUUGAUAAGUUCCCAGCUUGUUCAAUUGCUGCAAAGAAACACAUUGAUCAGAGUACCACUAUUCUGGAUGUUCAAGGAGUGGGGCUUAAGAACUUCAACAAGGCGGCAAGGGAACUCAUCCAGACCCUACAAAAGAUAGACGGUGACAAUUACCCUGAGACCCUGUGUAGGAUGUACAUCAUCAAUGCAGGAUCUGGUUUCAGGCUGUUGUGGAGCACCGUUAAGUCGUUCCUUGAUCCCAAAACAACCCAGAAGAUUCAUGUCCUGGGCAACAAGUACCAAAGCAAACUGCUUGAGAUCAUUGAUGCCAGUGAACUGCCAGAAUUUUUGGGCGGUACCUGCACCUGUGCAGAAAAAGGUGGCUGCUUGAAAUCUGAUAAAGGGCCAUGGAAUGAUCCUGAGAUAAUGAAGAUGGUUCGUAAUGGUGAGGCCAAAUGCAACGUAAGGGGUCCCUUCCCAGUGAUAGACGAAAAAACCAUUGGUGAAGAUGAGAUGGCAAAACCAAAGGGAUGCAACUCAUGCGAUUCAGAUGAGUUCCAGUAUUAUGCACCCAAAGAACCUAUGUGCAAAGAUGCACCGAGUCCCUUCCCAUAUGACAACUUCAUCCCAAUGGUAGACAAGGACAUGGAAAAAUCGUGGAGCAAACCUGUUGAUAUCAACAUGAACAAGCUGGCCAUGACCAAAGGUUGUUUACCAUCAAAGAACAGUUUUGAGGGUUCUAAUCAGAAAUUUAGCAACCAUCUAGUCACUGGUCUCAUGUCUGUGAUGAUGGGCAUUGUAACGAUGAUCAGAUUGACUCGAAACAUGCCCAAGAAGCUUACUGAUGCGACCUUAUAUACUUACUGUGAUGAGACUGCUGUAAAGGACUCACAUAAAUUGCCUGGACAUGCAAUCUCUGAGGUUGAGUAUUUUGCAAUGAUGAAGCGCAUGGGUGAAUUGGAAGGGAAGGUGAUUUCCCUUGCUGCGAAACCAGCCAUCAUGCCUCCCGAAAAAGAGGAUAUGCUCAACAAUGCAAUGAGCCGUGUUGAAGUCCUUGAGCAGGAACUUUCCGCAACAAAGAAGCUUCUUGAGGAAUCAAUGCAAAGACAGGGAGAGCUGUUAGCAUUCCUCGAAAAGAAGAAAAAGAAGAAGAAGAUGUUCCUUUUUUGAGCACAUCAGUUCUUCUGGUCAGAGAUAGUAGAAGUGAGUUGUCUGUAAACUGUUCGUUGCCUUGCUGUAAUAUUAAGAAUCGAAGAGUCUCUAACCUGGAGGCGAUUGCGAGUUAUAUCCCCCGCUAUCCCCCUCAAUGUUUGCCUGUUGCUUUGUAUAUGACUAAUAUACUAUCACCCCAAUUAUUUAUCUUA